ACAUUAAAAGAAAAGAAUUAUAUUACAAAAUACAUAACUUGGAAAAAUUAUCAGCAGAAAUUCACAUCUUGUUUGUCCGUGUAUAGCAUGGAGAGUAUCGCUUUCUGGUUAUAAAUUGGAGACACGGUGAUCAUGUUGUCAGUUUCGAUUUAAAAUUCUAUCAAUCAAGUUACACUUGAAUCGUUUACAAUGAAAAUCAACUUUGCGUUACCAUCUCUCAUGUUAUUGACAUUUGUUGUCAAUUAUUCUUGUGCGUCUGUUGUAAUUUGUUUCGUAAGAAAUGGUUUACACGUAAACAGAACUUUUAACUCCGAAGACGUUAAGUAUUCAACUGCACGUGUAAGUCUGGAACUGACAGAGGAUGACAUUUUUAUGGACAACAACCGUCCCAUUGCGCGAAGACAAGAAAAAAAGAUGUUAGUGAGUGAUUCAGAGUGUAAUGAAAUUAUCAGUCAAAGUGCAAAGUCUUCCAUAGAAGUUUGCAUUGUAAAUGAUCAAUGCAAAACAUUUGACUUGGAAAACAACGCAAAGGUCAAGACCGUGCGCGAUAAGUUGCUCGCUUCGUUGCCAGAAUAUUACCGCGACGAAAAAUGUGCCUACAUUGUUUUUCUAAAUGACAAAAGACAAGUGAUCCAGAUUGAAGACGAAAAAGAGGUGCCACAUCGAGAUAUUGUGAAAAACGGAAGAAUCGAAGCAUACAAUAAAUUCAUCGACAAUACGACCGAAUUAGAUAUCACAUGGCUUUUAUACAAUCAUCGAGUGAAAGUGAACAUGCUCGUGUCACUGAGUAGUUUGCGAUAUUGGAUAACGAAACCAAAUGCUUGUCCUAAUUUAAAAAGUAAACUGAAUUUACCCGACAAGGCAUUGUUUCCAAAUGCUAUCGACGAUUUAGCACAAAAUUGGUUAGCUAGAGACAAACGCGCGCAACUCGAUCUAGUAACCAGUCGUAACGUGGUGAGUACUCAAUUGGUUGCACCGUACGCCCAUGAGGAGUCAUUGUCUAUAAAAUCUUAUGAAUACAAGACUGAAAAAUCGAAAAUCCCAAGAUUAUACUACGUUAAUGUGAACGAAAAAGAUAAAGUAGCUUUUACCGGAUCGCGAACUGAUGAAUUUCAGGAUAAUCAGUUAACGCUCAAAAUAUCAUCUCGGUCGCCAAAAGACAAGAUACUUUUACCGUUAAAAGAUGUCCGAUCAACAAAUAAUCGAGCUGUAUCCUGGACUAACGUCGUCAUAGCAACAAAUAAUACUGCUGUUACUUUGCUCGUCACAUGGAACCAUCAUCAACCCGGUUAUGCAUACAAUUGCGAGUUAUUCGAUUUCCGUGCAAACCAUGAAAGGCAUUAUUUAUUUCGCCAUGUAUCUACAGAUGGGGUCUGCGUAUUCAAACAUAUUGAUGAAAACAAAAUUCAUUAUGAUUUGUUGUUCAACAAAGAAGAACUCAUAGAAAAUUGGCAAGAUCUCUCGAAAUUCCGAUACGAACUAGGUGUGGUUAUGUUGCCUUAUCGUCCUGGUAAAUUGAGCUGUCAACGUGGAAAGAGAGACACACAAUAUAUUGCCAAUACCGACAUACAUCACGAUCAGAUAACAAUGGGCGGAGGAGGAAAAGGUAAUAAUACGGGCCAUAAAUUUGCUGGCGUGUGCCAGUUAAACGAUAAAGAAUACGCAAUAGAGAAUAAACGAUCAUUGUAUUUCAACGUUUUUAUUUUUAAAUCACAAGAGAUUGCUGAAAAAAUUAUUGAAGAUGUUUCCACAUUUUGAAAAGUAUAUCGAAUACUUUUCUCCAUAAAUGUCAAUUGUUGCUAUUUAUACAUUGAAUAUUAAAACUUACACACGUGAUUAUUGCAAAUCGUCUCGUUAAUUUAUUUGAUACGCAAAAAUUUAUUAUAUACUUUGUGCAAUAAAUAUUUAUAUUUUUAUUUUUCUUCAAAAGAGCUAACAAAACAAUCUAAUUCUACCGUAGUAAAGCAUAUAGGCACCGUGUAAUUUCUUUUUAAUAUAUGUAUUCAUUUUACAGUUGUAAACUGUAAAAGGAAACGUUACUACUUUUUCCGAUUAUCAGGCCCUUUCCAAAAUGGUUCACAACACAUUAUAAGUAUAUAAAUAUGUAUUGGACAUUUUUUCCGUUGACAAUAAAUGAUAAUAACGAGAAUAAUAGUAAUGGUUUCAAUGACUUUUUUCCUUCCGACUUAUUAAACAUCCAUCAAAAU